AUAUAUCUAUGCCAAUCUACACUCAUCACCUCGCCUCUUCCCCGAACCAAUCGCCAGCCGAUCCUGAACUCAUUACCCGUCGAUCCUGCACUCAUUACCCCACCUGUGCCCCAAUCAUGCAACCCCCAGCUGUAACCCAAUCCUGCGAGCCGAUCUUGUACUUGCUCUAGUCGUCUGUUCUCCUUGGCACCUUGUCUUGUUCUUCAGCAAGAUGAAGCUCGGUCCUUUGCUUUGGUAGGUUGUCUUCAAAAUUGCUCCCAAGAAGAAGAUUGCAUUGCCUACUUGCAGUCCCAUAAUUACUCGAUCGAUAUCACGAGCAAUGGCUACUCAUCCGGAUACUUCUGGAGAUGAACAAGGGGAAAAGUUUGGAAGCUUUAGUCAUGCAACUUUUAUCUAAUCAGCAAGGGAAUCUUACUAUGGCUCAAUUUGGACCUUCUAUUGGAAAUACGUCCACAAUUGCCCAUGCUCCUGGAAAAGAACCUGUGGUUAUCAAUGUUCCUAUGGCUGAUACUCAUGCAUUUGAUGAUACCAAUGUCCCAACCAACUCUGGGAUUCCCGUCAAUGUUGGCGCCACUUUGGAAAAUCCUCCACCUGCAAUACCUUGGAGCUUCAAUCAAGGGACAGUGGAAGAGCGUUUAAAAGCUGUUGAGCAAGUUGAUAGUUUCGAUUCAAUGGAUUUUGACUCUUUUUUCUUGUUUCCUGAUAUUGUAAUCCCACCAAAGUUUAAAAUCCCUAAAUUUGACAACUAUGAUGGAACUGGAUGUCCAAAAGUUCAUUUGAGUAAAUAUUGUAACAAAAUGGCUGCUUAUGGAAAGAAUGAACAAUUGUUGAUCCAUUUCUUCCAAGAAAGUCUCACCGGACCUACUGAGCUUUGGUAUUCCACUCUUGAUCGUAAACACUUGAAAUCUUGGUCAAAACUUUCUUUUGCAUUCUGGAAACAUUAUAAGUUCAAUUUUGCUUUAUCCACCACUUGUGAAGACCUCCAAAGGAUGAAGAAGAAAGCCCCUGAGACUUUUAAAGAAUAUGCUCAACGUUGGCGCAUUAAGGCUGCUCAAGUGCAACCUCCAAUGACUGAAUUUGAGCUUAGCAUUCUAUUUGUCAAAUCAAUGAGAGGACCGUAUCUUGAUAAAAUGCUUACUCAUUCCUUUGAUGAUUUUGCAAAGUUGAUUCACAUUGGAGAAAAUAUUGAAGAUGCUAUAAAGUCAGGGAAGAUCCCAUAUGCUAACUUAUGGCAAGCUCUGAUGGAAAAUAACCAAGGGAAUGGUCAAGAGAAGCAGAUUACAUUUGAGUCCGCCUCUAAUGAGGCCAGUCCUAGCAUUACCAACAACCCACUCCCAGAGCAUGCCAACCCUGGUGAAGCUGAAACAACAUUUGGUAUAGUUAUUUUGAUGGGUUCAUAUGGCAAGAAUUGAGUUCAAACCUCAAGGAUUCUUGAAGUAAUGAUCUAUGUCAGUUAUCUCUACUUUUCAGUUAUUAGUAGUAUAAGUAACUUCAAUCCACCAGUGAUUCUACCCAAGAUCAUGGUUAAAGUAAAAUAAUGGGCACAUCCUCGUUAAAGUUUCAUAUGUUAUGACUUGCUUGAUAUGUUAGUACUCUCAUCUCAGAAGUUAAUAUAUUACUUUCUUAUCU